GCGACACCAAGUGGCUGAAUGCGAGCGAGUAAAUAAUCCAGGUGGUCGGCUUUGUGGCCCCGAAUCGGAGUCACUGGGUCACCCGGGGAAGGGGAGAACCAUUAAAGAGAUGGUCCUGUUCCUUCCCGAUCCGAGCCGCCGUCUCCCGGUUUCUUCUCCCAUUUUCACCGAGUCCGAUUUACAACAAAGGGACGGCCCUGAAACCCAUGUGCAUAGAGCGCGUUGGAUAGAGCGAUUUCCGAACCAUGCGGAAUUGUGGGAACGGCAACCGCUAUUAGCCCAGCGUUUCGUGUAGUAUUACGAACAUACUAGAAUGGAGAUUCUGAAGAAGGGUCUGGACCUGAAACGUCAGCUUUCCUGCUCCUCUGAUGCUGGUUGGCCUGCUGUGUUCAUCCAGUUCUACACCUUGUUGUCUCAGAUUCUCUAGCAUCGGCAGUUCCUACUAUCUCGGCCAGAAACUGUUGGGUUUAACCCUUAAGUACCUAAUACCAGAAGCAAAGCAACAGAGGACAAGAAAACUAGGCCUAACACCACAUCAAAACCUGAAAGAGCCCUUGAAAUUGUCAGAACAUGAAUAUCAUCAGCCUUUAAAUGUGGCUAAAUAUUUGUGCAUUCUAUCUGUGGAAAAAAACUAAAGUGAGAUUGUUCAAAUGGAGUACUGUGGAAAGAGCUUUUUAUCUAAAAGUACAUCACAUGACUCGUACCCAUUUUCUGUCAGUGCACAAGGCCUCAACUGAUUGUCCAACCUGGAGAAACACAAGAACGCUCACACUAUGGAGAAACCGUGGAAAUGUGAGGACUGUGGGAAGCAAUUUAAUUACCCCUCAAAGUUAGAAACUCAUCGGCGCAGUCACACUGGGGAGAGGCCAUUCACGUGUUCUGUAUGUGGGAAAGGAUUCACUCUGUUGUCAAACCUCCAGACACAUCAAAGGGUUCACACCGGGGAGAAACCAUUCAUCUGCACUGACUGUGGACAGGGUUUCACUACAUUAUCCAACUUGCUUAAACACCAGCGUAUUCACACAGAUCAAAGACCUUUUAAAUGUUCUGACUGUGAAAAGAGCUUUAAAAGCAGAAAUGAACUGUUGACACACCAACGCACUCAUACUGGCGAGAAACCAUUCCCCUGCUCUCUGUGUGGAAAAGGUUUUACUCAGUUAUCACACCUUCUGAGACACCAGCGAGUUCAUACUGGGGAGAGGCCAUUCAGCUGCUCAGCCUGUGGGAAAGGAUUCGCCAAUUCAUCUGAACUUCUUAGGCAUCAGCCAGUUCACACUCGGGAGAGACCGUUCACCUGCUCCGUUUGUGGGAAAGGAUUCACUCGAUCAUUCACCCUGCUGAAACACCAGCGAGUUCACAACUGACAUAAGGGAUUGGAUUCUGGAGUUCUUGCUGUCAUUCGUCAUUGCCUGGAAUGUAUUUUACAAAGCUGAAUGUAGUGCAGGAACAAAGAGAUCUAGAGAGGCAAAUUGCACCCCUUCCCCAGGGUGCUUAUGUGUUUUUUACAUAUGGAGGACAGAACUGUGUAAAGCACUCGAAUUAUAGGAUGGCCACGGUUCUAACAUAAUUUCAUUACCUUCAAAUACCUAUACAUAUGUAAUAAGACAGAAUUAAUUAUCUUGUAAUAAAUCUUGUAAUCUGGUAAAAGUGAUCAUAACAUAAUCAAAUUUCACAUUCAUUUUGAAGUUGAGAAAUCUGAGUCUAACACUUGGCAUUUCCAAGAGUGUGUAGACAGAGUUACUAAUAGUGCAGCGGGAAAAUAGGUUAAAAGAUAAAAUGGUAUGAAGCAGCGGGAGGUGUUAAGGAAAUAUUUCAACACCAGGCAAAGAUAUAUUGCAUUAAGAAGGAAAUACUCUUUGAGAGACAGGCACCACUAAACUAAAGAAUUUAAUGUAGAAUAAAAAUAGAAAAUGCUGGGGAAACCCAGCAGGUCUGUGGAGAAUGAAACAAGAGUAAAUGUUCAAGUACAUAUGAAUGUUCUUCAGAACUAAACGGAGGAGCAGAAAGUGAUGGGUUUUAAAUGGUAGAAAAGGAUGGAGAUGAGCAAGUGGAACAGUGGUUAGAGGUUGAAGGGAUAUUGUUGAUUACAAAUGGAAAAAUGAGCGUGUAUGAUUGUAAAGAAAAGAGAAGUUCUGAGUGGGUGCAAAUAGUAGAAUAUAGGUCAGCUAUGCCGAAAGCAAAACCAAGAAAAGCAGGUACUGGGUUGGAAUGGGUGGUUCGCAGGCAGAGGAAACAAAAUGGAGGACAGAGCUCAUGGUCUGAAAUUGUUGAACUUGUAUUUGAAUCCCGAAGGCUGUAAUUAGCCUAAAUGCAAAAUGAGGUGCUGUUCCUCCAACUUGGACUGGGCUUUGCAAGGAUACGGGACUCAAACAGAAAUGUAAUCGUGAGAAUAAGAUGGUGUUUUAAAAUAGCAAGUGACUUGAUGGUCAGUGUUAUGCUUGUUGACUGAGCAGAGGUGUCCUGCAUAGUGAUCACCUUGUCUGCUCUUUGUCUUGUCAAUGUGGAGGAGACCACAUUGUGAGCAGUGAAUACAGUACACUGGAUUUAAAGAAGUCCAAGGAAAUCACUGCCUUACCCGAAAGGAGUAUUUGGGACCUUGGACAGUGACGAGAGAAGAGGUAGAAGGGCAAGUGUUACACCAGCAAUUGUAUGAGAAGGUGCCAUUGGAGGGAGAUGAGGUUUUCAUAGGAUGAUAGACAAGGAUGUCACAGUGGGAAUGCUACUUAUGGAAUAUUAACAUGGGAGGGUUGUAGCGUUGUGCUGGAGAUGGUUAAAAUGGUGGAGGGUGAUCCCUUGAAUAUGGAGGCUGGUGGGGUGGGAAGUGAUGACAGGGGAACCAUAUUAUUGUUCUGGGAGGAAGGGGAAGGGAUGAGGUCAAAGAACAAGUGAUGAGUUAAGCAUGGUUGAGACCACUGUCCAGCACAGUGGAAGUAGGUCCUCAGUUGAGGAAGAAGGGGGACAUACCUGAAGGUAACUUCAUCAGAACAGAAAGAGAAACUUUGGUGUGGCCAUGGGUAUUCACAUGAGUUUAAAUAGUGCAGGUGAGAUCAGGUUCCCCAAAAGUGCACUUUAUGCUCCAUUUCCUGGACUAAUGAAAAGGAAAACUUUCAGAAUUGGGGUGGGACUUUUCCAUUUUUAGAGGUCCUUGGAGUCUCACCAACUCCAUAAACAUCUAGCCCUUUAUGUCUUCUUGACUACUUACUUCACUACGUAUCACACAUCAUUGAAGCCCCAGUGCUGAUCCCUAUGGCACUAUUAUUAGUUACAGCUUGUCAACCUAAACCAAAAAUGACCCAUUUGUCCCUAUUCUCUGCUUUCUGUUAUUUAAUCAAUCUUCCACCCAUGUUAAUAUGUUACUGCCUAAGCCACGAACUUUUAAUUUGUGAAGUAAUCUUUGAAAUGGCACUUUAUUGAAUGCCUUUUGGAAAUCAUGGAUCUAUAAGUUCCCAUUUAUUCAUCUUCUUUGUUAUUUUCUAACUAACAAAUUAGUAAACGUGACUCCCUUUCAGAAUUGAACUGGCCAAGUGUAACAACAAAUUAUAGUUAUCUCACAAUGACCUUCACUAUUUUGACAUGGAUUAUAAUCAUGGAAACUUUCUCGGUGAUGACAAUGUCGUCGACAACAGAGACUAGCUGCAAUGCUUCGUUAAUAAUGCUGAUGCUUCAUGUUGGUAACAUUAUAACAAGAAUGCAUAUUUUUAUUACUGUAUCUGAAUAGUUGUGAGUCAAAGGCUAAGAGUAGAUCAAGUAGGAAAUGAAAACAGAAAUAGCAUCACUCACAGACUUGAAAUGCAUUUUGAGGUAUUUUGAAAUCCAAACUGGAAUUUCGUACUAAUUCUGAUUCAAGAGAAAUUCAAGCGUGAAUGCUCACGGGUAUAAUCCUGUUGAAUUGAUGCCUGCACCAUGACAGGUAAUGACAGCCACCCUGGUUACCAGCAAAGUAAAUUGUCCACUUGGCAGGAGGAAAACAUCUUUCUGUUCUUUGUCUUCAGGAUGAAAUCUUAAACUAAGUCUCUGUCUGCUCUCUCAGGUGACCAUUAAAUUCUGUGACAUGAUUUGAAGAACAUCUGGUGUUCUGGCCAAUGUAUCCCAACAAGGUAAUUACCAUUAAAACAAAAAGUGAAACUUUGAAGAAAGAAGCAAAGUUUAAUGCUUUGAAUCCAAUAUGACUAAUCUAUGGGACCCCAAAGGUCUGUGUUGCUGUUUAUGGUUUUUAACCCUGUGCAAAUUUUCAAGUUCUUUUCUUACUUCAUAGCAUUGACCAAUAGCCUGCUUAGAAAAUGUGUGGCACACUGACCAUGUUGUGCUAGGUGCUACAUAAAUCAAAGCUUUUUCCCUGCGUGAUCCAUUUAAAUGAUCACUGACGAAAUAUUAGAUCCCAGUUGGAGUGUUGUUGACCAAUGACAUUUUAAUAAAUUAAUUAAGAUCCUGGGGGAUUGGGGUACGUGUGAGAUUGUCAGGUCGCCCAUGCUUAAAGAUAUAGGUUCAUUGUGAAGUUAGUGUGAAGGAAGAAAGAUUUUUCAUUAUAACACAACUGUAAUGAGAUCAAUGCCUAAAUGGCUGCUGGAAGCGUGUGGAAACCAUGGAGAACUGUGAUGGUUUUUUUGAAGACAAAGUGGACAUUGAAAAUGCUAAAGAAACAGUGGCAGCCUUGAAAUUUUAUGUAACUGUUUUCAUGUUAUGAACAUGCCCAGUGCUUGAUGAUACAUUUAUUUUAAAAAAAAAGGUUGAUCUUAAUGUCUCUCUGUCUUUUAAGAAUGAAGGAUGAGUGGAAACCGACUUCUGAAGUCAAUAGAACAAGUUUGUCUGUACUUGAUAGAAUUUGAUGGCACGAGCAGUAUGCUACCUGGGCAUAUACUUGACUGACAACAUGAACACUGCUCUUUCAAAUUAUAUUGAUGUAAUUUUGUUUCUACUUUACCACAGGUUGGGAUUUCUCCUUUGGCGAUCACUAUAGUUACAGGAUCAAUGCAAGUUGCUUGAAAUGAGAUUUGAAAUGACAAUAAAUCGAUUAAUAAGAUUGAUCACAGA